ACCUUGGCUGCCUGGGCCUCUCCACUAAACCAACCUCCACCUCAGCCUCAGACAGACAUGUCUAGCCUCCAGGCACUAUGCUCUGGCCUGCCCCUGUGGCCCCUCCCGGAAAACCAGGGCCGCUGGGCUGGGGUACCCCAUGCCCCAGUUAGGACCCCUGGCCUCAGUCCUGCAGAGGAGCAGCUGGCACUGAGGAAUGCCCUGCGCUACUUCCCCCUGGACGUGCAGGAGCUUCUGGCCCCUGAGUUUGCCCAGGAGCUGAGGCUGUAUGGACACAUCUAUAUGUAUCGGUUCUGCCCCCACAUUGAAAUGAGGGCCUACCCAAUGAAGCAGUACCCUUGCCGGACAAAAGCCGCAGCAGCCAUCAUGCACAUGAUCAUGAACAACCUGGAUCCUGCCGUGGCCCAGUUUCCCCAGGAGCUUGUGACCUACGGCGGAAAUGGACAAGUGUUCAGCAACUGGGCUCAGUUCUGGCUGACAAUGUCCUACUUGUCGCAGAUGACAGAGGAGCAGACGCUGGUCAUGUACAGUGGACACCCUCUGGGCCUCUUCCCAAGCAGCCCUGAAGCCCCAAGGCUGGUCAUUACUAAUGGGAUGGUCAUUCCCAAUUACUCUUCUAGAACCGAGUAUGAGAAGCUCUUUGCCAUGGGGGUUACAAUGUAUGGCCAGAUGACGGCAGGCAGUUAUUGCUAUAUUGGUCCUCAGGGAAUCAUCCAUGGCACAGUGCUCACCUUGUUAAAUGCUGGUCGUCGGUACCUGGGUGUCAAUGACCUGGCUGGGAAAGUCUUUGUCACCUCUGGACUGGGCGGAAUGAGUGGGGCUCAGGCCAAAGCCUCAGUCAUCGUGGGAUGCAUUGGUGUUAUAGCAGAGGUGGAUAAAGCAGCCCUGAUGAAACGCCACCAGCAAGGUUGGCUGAUGGAAAUGACCAACAACUUGGACCACUGCAUUGAAAGACUCAGGAAAGCAAAGGAAAAAAAGGAGAUUCUCAGUCUUGGUUACCAUGGCAAUGUGGUGGAUCUUUGGGAACGCCUGGUCCAUGAAUUGGACACGACAGGAGAGCUCUUGGUGGACCUGGGGUCAGACCAGACAUCCUGCCACAACCCAUUUAAUGGUGGCUAUUAUCCUGUGCAACUUGGCUUUGCAGAGGCCCAGAGCCUCAUGGCUUCCAAUCCUGCCACAUUCAAGGGCCUGGUCCAAGAAAGCCUGAGGAGGCAAGUCUCAGCCAUCAACCGACUGGCCAAGGAGAACUUUUUCUUUUGGGACUAUGGCAAUGCUUUCCUCUUGGAAGCCCAGAGAGCAGGAGCUGAUGUGGAAAAGAAAGGUGCUGAAAGGACAGAGUUCCGCUAUCCCUCGUACGUCCAACACAUUAUGGGGGAUAUAUUUUCCCAGGGAUUCGGGCCUUUCCGCUGGGUAUGCACAUCUGGGGACCCUCAGGACCUGGCAAUCACCGAUCAGCUGGCCACAUCUGUGCUGGAGGAGGCCAUUUGUGGUGGAGUGAACCCAGGUACGAGGCUGCAAUACGAGGACAACAUUCACUGGAUCCGGGAGGCCGCCAAGCACCAGCUGGUGGUGGGCUCCCAGGCACGGAUCCUGUACUCAGACCAAAAAGGCCGUGUGGCCAUUUCUGUAGCCUUUAACAAAGCCAUUGCCCAUGGAAAGAUCAAGGCACCAGUAGUCCUGAGCCGAGACCACCAUGAUGUGAGUGGCACAGACAGCCCCUUUAGGGAGACCUCCAACAUUUAUGAUGGCUCUGCCUUCUGUGCAGACAUGGCCGUACAGAACUUCGUGGGUGAUGCCUUUCGAGGAGCCACCUGGGUCGCUCUUCACAAUGGUGGGGGCGUGGGCUGGGGUGAGGUGAUGAAUGGUGGGUUUGGUCUUGUGCUAGAUGGGACCCAGGAGGCAGAGAAGAAAGCCAAGAUGAUGCUCAGCUGGGAUGUCUCCAAUGGAGUGGCCCGCCGCUGUUGGUCCGGGAACCAGAAGGCCUAUGAGACUAUCUGUGAGACGAUGAAGGAGAACAAGGGCUUGGUAGUGACACUCCCAUAUGAGGUGGCAGACGAGCAUUUGCUUCAUCAGGCCUUGUGGCCAUGAACAGGAAUCCAAGAGUCUGCCAUGGUCCCUUGGUCCCCCCAGUCUCUGUCCUUACCCUCACACCAUACCAUGCCUUCCCAUGCACAUCUCCCUCUCCUGGAUCAGCAGCUUAUUUGCCCUUAUUUGGCCUCACUGUACCCUAGAAGGUGGGCUAUUGCCAUUCCCAUUCCACAGAUGAGCCAGUUGAGACCCAGAGAGAUAGAGCCAUUUUUUUUUAUAACCACGUUACCCUGCUGGGAACUUGGGAGAGCAAUGAAAAUCUUGUUUGGGGUUACAUCCUCAAGUUUUCCAUGGAGUAUACUCUGGGAGCUUUGGGGGUAGGCAUUGGUAGUGAAUACUGGCUGAGCUGACCAUCAACCAAAUACCUUCUAAGCCUCUUGCCAUUUCUUCUCCUACCAAGGGGACAGGGUUUUUCCAGCUAGGCUUUUAUGCCACUCUACCUCCUGUCCACCUUCUAGUCAUCCAUGCAACUCUCUUUCAAUCUGCUAGCCUGUUCAUUUGUCUGUGCAGGUACCUUCUGUACCUCCAUGUUCCUGGCUCUAGGCACAAAGGAACAUUGACCAGGCCCUGGGCUUGGAGGGGUCCAGGGAGGAAGAUAGGAAAAUAAAGGACUAACUAGAGAGCUGUGGAAGCUGGCAUGGGCAAGGCAGAUGCAGUGUGGUGCGAUGGGGGCAGGGGAAGCUCUGACCUAAAAAAGUAGUGGUACUUUUUCGGGAGUAAAAGGAGAAAGUAGCAGUACUACCCAUGGACAAUCACUUAUAUAAAUCUGCUCAGGAGCCCAGGAAAUCUGGUUUGGGACCAAAUGUCCUAUAGGGAGCCAUGUGGGAUCUGAGGUUGGAUUACUGCAAACACUCACCCCUGCCAAAUCCUAGAGCCCAGCCUCAAUGAAGAUAACCCCUGGCAAGUGGAUUACAUGGCUAUGCUUUCCAGGCCUUUGUUUUGAAGCAGGUACUUCUUUUUCUUAAGGGUGGUACUGCUGUAUUCUUCCCCUGGUUAUAAAAAGGAGUCAAGUGCAGAGAUGAGUUCCCUGCUCCUCUAUUUUCAUCCUUCCUGCCCCACCAACUGAUACUGGGACCUGAUCCCUUUUCUAUAAACAUACAGGGCCAUGCAGGAAAUCAGGGAGACACUGCCCCUGAAGUAGGCCCCCUUGAUGGCACCACACUUGCUGACCCCUCACAUUAGGACACCUCUCAUGACCUUGUUAUGCGAAGCAGAGCAGCUUUGACCACAUAUAUUAUUCUCAUUAGUUUCUGGCCUUAGCUUAGCCCCCAGCUGGACCCAUGACAAACUUAACAAUGGCUCAUCCUAACCAAAAAAUUAGGAAAGAUAUUGGGGGAUGGGUCUAUAAGGAGCCACAGAAAACUUUUCACCCCUACCCCUCCAUGUUGGCAGAGAGGGGACCAGUGUACCUUAAUUCUGAGUCCUUAAUCACUCAGUAUUAUUUGUUUCCUCCCCAGUGGUCAUCUUACAAAACCCCAGUUGUGUCUGUGCAGCAAUAUACUCAGUAAAAAUAGUUGAUUUCACAGCAAUUAACAGUGCAAUUAACAGUGACCGCAGACUAAGUUCUGGCCUAUGAGAUGAGGUGGAAAUCUGCUGGGCAGGACUUUUGGGAAAGCAGUUAUUUUUCUAAUAAAAAUGUACAGAUGUGACUGGAUUGCUUUUUGCCUUUGCCCCUUCUUCCUGCUAGAACCACAGGCCUGAUGCUGGAAGUACAGCAACCAUGCUGUGACCAUAAGGCCCGAAGGGGCAUAGGAGGGGUACACAUGGAAAGGUACAGGUGCCUGGGCUCUUGGCAGCAGAUACAGCUGCCAUUCCAGCAUCAUCCUGCUUGUCUCCAGAUUUCUUGGUCCUCAUGUGUUAAAGCCAUCCCAGCAGGGCUUUUGUUUCACACAGCAGGAAGAGUAUCUAAUCAUUAUAGCAUCUGUCAACAAGACUCCAUGGAAAGUACCAUUGAGCAUAUAGCUGCAUGAACAUUCCCUGUCUCUAAGGAGAAACCAAGAAAAUAUGUUCAAUUUUAAGACCAGGCCCUCCUUUUCCCACCCAGUAUCUUCCCUUAUUAAGGACAGGUAGGGCUGAGGAAAAUGGCAGAAGAGUGAGUGGAAGUCACACUGACCUCUACCCAGUGCCAAUUUUGAAUUAUAACUUAAUUAUGAAGAAACCACUCAUAACAAACAACUGAGCAAUAGCCAGAGAGAAGCAAAAUAACUUUGGACAGACAGAAGAACCAUCUUCAGCACAACCUGUCUGAAAAAGAGUAUGGUGGAGCCUUGAGAAGGCUGGCUAGGUGCCCACAGGUGGCAGCGCCUGAGGGAUAAUUAAGAAGCUGGUGGAUCUCCUUGAGAAGAGUGGGGUCUAAACCUAAGCUGGGAUUCCCAGCCUAGGGCACCAGAACACAAAAAAUACACAGAUAACAACCAGCAACAAAAAGCAGCAGGGCUGCAGAGACAGAUGGCUGGAGAUGCAAGAGCCAUUUAAAGGUCCAACACACAAAUUUUCCUCUGCAACCACUUACCCAGGGCACUGGUAAAGGUGAGGGUAGAGUGGACUGCUGAUGCCUGAGGAGAGACUAAGAACUGAAGCUUGAGGGAGAGAACUGAGAGAGUAGACACUGGGAUCCUGGGGCUGAGUAAUCCCUCAGAAGGCAGCAGCCAUCCUGUUCAGACAUAUUACUCCGUUCUGAGCAGCAGCAGCCUGAGGGGAAACAAUAUCCCUGACCCCAGGAGGGAUUUGGCCAUGUCCUACAGUGCUUAAACUAGACUGCUGAGUGCAGGGUGACCAGAUUAACAACUAACUGAUGGAGACAGCCAGUGACAGCAGAUCACUGGAAGUCUCGAACAGGGUGUUUAAGGUCUGACGGGGUCAACUUCUGACAUCACCAGAGGCAAAUCCAGAAAGAAGAAAACAGUGGUAAAUACAAGAGGCUACUGAGAAGAAAACCACUGUGUUCUUCUUCAUUAUUUGUGAUAUUUCCUUUCCUGAAUAGCUUUUUACUAUUCAUUUCUUGUCCAGCAAGUUUGUACAUAUUGUUACUAGAUAUUAUAUUAUAGUGUAUUUCAAUUCACAUAUUUUGUCCCUCUCUUCUCUUAACCCAUUUUACCUUAGUCUUUCCUUGAAUUAUUUUCAUUUCAAACUUUGUUUUCUUUCUAGCUACAACUUGUUUCUAUUCCACACUCUUACUGUCUCUCCCCUGUCCAGACACACAAAAGCAAUUUCCUUGUCAAGGUCAUUUCACAUCCUUUUGCCCUGCUCUUAAAAUACCUGCAUUCUCUCUCCACCUUUAAUAAUCUUUGCUAGUUGGUUGUGGGUAGGGUAGUUGUCAUUGCAUUGUUUUUUCAAUUUUAUUUCUAGAGCUUCACUAAUUCUGUAUUUCAAAUACAAAAAUACAAAUUUUACUGGUCCCCUCUCCUACUUUUUUUUCUUGUCUCAAAUUUUAAUUUUGCUGUCUUAGCCUGUUCUUUUUGUCUUUCUUCUAUUUCUCUUUCACCCUGCCCUUUUAUUUUUAUUUAUUCUCCUAUUUUUUUCUUUUUACUGUUUUCUUACAUCUCAAAUUUUAAUUUUUCCCCCUCUUAGCCUGGUUUCUGUUCCUCAAUCUUAGUAUUCCCUCUCCCUCUAUCAUUUCAAAAUCACUUCUCAUUUCUUGACACAUCUCUUAGACUUUUCUUUGUUUCUUUUUUUCCCUCUUAUUCCAUAUCAACUAUAUUAAUUUUAGUUCAUUUGUUGUUGAUCAUAUUGUGGUGGAUCUUUCUCUCCAGUUUGGCUCCUAUAUUUUAAUUAAUUAUUUACUAUUUUUUCUUCCUUUUUCUUACUCUCUUUCACUUUAUUUUAUGUUACUUUAACUUCUGUUUAAGCCUAAUAUUAUAUGCUCCCCUGUUAAUACUCCAUUCUACAUUCUUCAUUCCCAUUUUUUAUUCAUGAGGUAAAUUUUACCUUCUCUUUUUUCAUUGCUCCAACUCCCAACUCUUAUUAGUACUCCUCCCUCUAGCCUCUCAAAAUUAUUUUUCUUUUAGUAGUCAUGUCAUAUCUGCUUUACUUUCUUUUAAUAGUAUUAAUCUUUUUAUACCCUUAUUAAUACUGGUUCAUUUGCUAUUGAUAGUGGCAUUGUGUGGGCAGUUAUAUUUGUGGGUGUGGAUUUGUUUCCUGAACUUUGUGGUUUUCAUCAGGAAGCACAUAAGACAUGGUGGGCAGAGUGACCAUCAGACAACCAGAUGGAGGGAAGGAAACACCAAAGAACUACCCAACAACAAUCCAAACCCAAUUACAUCCAGAGAACCAGCAAAAAGCAUAAAGGACAUCCCAAGAGCAUCAGGUUAAGGUGAUUAAUGAGACUACACCACUGAAUCUCACAGGCCUCCUACCAUAGAAGUUGUUACAUCACAAAGUAAGAAAGCAAAACAGAUCAAUUUAAGAAGCAGAAGCAAACAAGAAGAUCCACGCAAAUAAUGGGAAGACAAAGAACAACUUCCAGUUGAAAGGAAAGGAGGAAUCCUUAGAAAGAAUGCUAAAUGAAAUAGAGGCAAGUCAACUAUUAGAUAAUGAGGUCAAAGCAAUGGUUAUAAGGAAGCUAAAUGAGCUCAGUGCAAAUUACCAAAAACUGCAGGGAAACUACACAUAAAAAAAGGACAUAGAAACAAUCAACAAGGGCCAAGAGGAAAUGAAGAAUACAAUUUCUGAAUUGAAGAACACACUAGAAGGAAUCAAAAGUAAGCUCAAAUAAGCAGAGCAUUGAAUCAGCAAGCUGGAGGACAAGGUAGAAAAAAACUCCCAAAAAGUGCAAGAAAAGGAAAAAAAACUCAGAAGAAUGAAGAUGGAUUAAGGGAAAUUCAGGACAACAAGAAACACAAUAGUAUCCAUAUAAUAGGAAUACCAGAAGGAGAAUAAGAAAAGGAAUGGAAAACCUGUUUUGAAAAAAGUAAUGAUAGAAACUUCCGGCCAAGAUGGAGGCAUAGGUGAAAACACUGUGCCUCCUUGCACAACCAAGUUUAAAGACAACAAAGUUUUAGUAACAAAAAUGCAACCAAAACACAGAAAAUCGAACUGUACAGAAGUCCAACAACAACGAACCAUUCAUCGAGACUGGUAAGAGAGAUGAAGUCAGCGGCUGGCAGAGCAGGUUUGCACAAGAAAAAGCAGCCAGACCAAUGCAGGCAUGCAGGUGGUGGUUGGUAGAUCCCAGGUGUAGGGUGGCAAUGGGUGGACCCAGUGGGUGCACAGGGUGGCUGGCUGACCAAGGUCAAACAUUCAUGGGCAGAUAAACCAGGCAAAGGAGCGAGCAGCAAGACAGACUAUGCAAACCAGGGGCGCAACACUGGGAAAUAAAACCUAAAAGCACCAAUUGGAAAAAGUUUCGGGGUCGAGGCUUGAGGAGAAACUCCCAGACUCACAGAGAGUUCACUGGAGAGACCCACAGGGUCCUGGAGAAUGCACAAGCCCACACACCCGGGAACCAGCACCAGAAGGGCCCAAUUUGUUUGUGGGAAGCAGCAGAGGGGACUGAAAUCUGAGAGAGAGCAGAAUAAAUGCCAUUGCUCCUCUCUGACCCUGCCCCCACAUACAGCAUCACAACCCAGCGACCUGGGUCACCCCGCCCUGGUGAACACCUAAGGCUCUGCCCCUCAUAUGUAAGAGGCAUGAACAGACCAAAACAUUAUGGCUCAGGAAGAACAGCCCAAAGCCCCAGAGCCAAUAACUCUAAGUGACCAAGAAAUAGCCAACCUAUCAGAUGCACACUUCAAAACACUGCUGAUCAGGAUGCUCACAGAACUGGUUGGUUUUAGUCACAAAUUAGAGGAACAAAUGAAGGCUAAACUAAUUUAAAUGAAGGGAAAUGCACAGGAAACCAAUAGUAAUGGAAAGGAACCUGGGACUCAAAUCAAGGGAGUGGACCAGAAGACAGAAAAAAAUGACCAAACAGAAAAGUAUGAAGAAACAAGAAUUCAAAAUCCUUAUUUGGAGAGGCUUAGGAACCUCCAGGACAUCUUUAAACAUUCCAACACCUGAAUUAUAGGGGUACCAGAAGGAGAAGAGGAACAGCCACGAGUGGAAAACUUAUUUAAGCAUAUAAUAAAGGAGAACUUCCCCAAUAUGGCAAAGGCAAUAGACUUCCAGGAAAUCCAGAGAAAGCUCAGAGAGUCCCAAAGAAGUUGGAUCCAAGGAGGAACACACCAAAGCACAUCAUAAUCACAUUAGCCAAGAUUAAAAUGAAGGAGAGAAUCCUAGAAGCAGCAAGAGACAAGGGGACAGUCACCUACAAAGGAGUCCCCAUUAGACUGUCAGCUGAUUUCUCAAAAGAGACAUUACAGACAAGAAGGGGCUGGAAAGAAGUAUUCCAAGUUAUGAAAGGCAAGGACCUACAUCCAAGAUUGUGAUAUCCAGCAAAGCUUUCAUUUAGAAUGGAAGGGCAGAUAAAGUUCUUCUCAGAUAAGGUCAAGUUCAAGGAGUUCAUCAUCACCAAGCCCUUAUCAUAUGAAAUGUUAAAGGGACUUAUCUAAGGAAAAGAAGAUAAAAAAUAUGAACAGUGAAAGGACAGCAAACUCACAGUUAUUAACAACCACACCUAAAACAAAAGCAAACUAAGAGGACAGCUAGAUCAAGAGUGGAAACAUACAAAUGGAGAUCACAUGGAGGGUUAGCAACAGGGGAGUGGGAGGAGGACAGAGGGGAAGAAGGUACAGAGAAAAAGUAGCAUAGAUGGUAGGUAGAAAAUAGACAGGGGGGAGGGCAAGAAUAGUAUGG